GCCCAUCCGAAUAGAGUCGAGCAGAGAGGGGGAGGUUCGCGGCUGAGGGAGUGUUGUAGCGAGCGCGCGCCAUAAUGGGCGGCGGGUUUGUCAGGUCACGGGCCGCAUGGCGCGGUUGCGCCGCUCUCUUCGGAGAAGUCGCCCUUCAGAAGUUUUCCGCCAACGUUAUACGCGAGGAGGAGACUUCAUGGACGAGGAGUGCCUUGCGUUCUGUGAUAUUUCACCGCAAGCUCCUACGCUUUUUCGUAGGCGUUCACAAGAAGGCCGUUGUGAGGUUGUCCAAAGCAGAAGAUUCUGGUGCACGUCUUCACAGGCGUUUGAUGAUUGUUGGCGAGAAGUGUGCUGCUAACCUGGGCCUGACCGAUGGAUUCCGGAUGGCUGUGAGAUACCCCCCCUCAGGCCCUUCCGACUACCGCACGCGUCUCUGUAUUCUGGGUGGCCGUCAGUUGGGCCAGCCUCCCGGCUAAGAUGUUUCCACCGCAGGAGUUGCUGCAUGCGUACGGAUUGCCACCGAACGGGCAACAUGUGAAAUCCAUCAGUCUAGCCUCCGUUCACAUAGAAUUGUUUUUGGUGGUUUCCUGUGGAGUGUAAUGAAAAGAACUGAGCAGCAUUUGCACAAUAAAGAUGGAGCUUGGGGAUAUCA